GCGAGCUCCUCCAACAGCCGGCUGGGAGACUUGUUUCUAUCCUCAUAUCGAGAUUAAGUAAACGGUUUUGAGACUCAUUAUAUUUCACUUGUUGAUCGACUGGCUUCAUAUUUGACAUACCAGUAGCAAUGGCUGAUCCAAAAUAUGCCAAUCUACCAGGAAUCGCCUUUAACGAGCCCGACGUCUACGAAACCGGUGACCUCCCAGAAGAUGACCAGGCACAAUUUGAGUCGGAGGAGCUUUGCAGUGACAGCGUGGACAGGAUCGUGGUCAACCCCAACGCAGCCUAUGACAAGUUUAAAGACAAGCACAUUGGUACCAAGGGACUCGACUUUUCUGACAGAAUCAGUAAAAGCAAAAGAGUGGGCUAUGAAUCGGGAGAGUAUGAAAUUCUGGGAGAGGGCUGUGGAGAGAAGGAGACGCCUCAGCAGAAGUACCAACGGUUGGUGAAUGAGAUCCAGGAACUUUCCCAGGAAGUGGAUGCAAUCCAGGCCACCACAAAAGAGGCCAGUACGGAGGAACGUCUUACCCCAGUGGUGCUGGCCCAGCAGGCGGCCCAGCUCAAACAGCAGCUGGUCUCAGCCCACCUGGACUCGCUGCUGGGACCCCAGGCCCACAUCAACUUGGCUGAUCCUGAUGGAGCAUUGACCAGGCGUCUGCUAACUCAGUUGGAGGCAGCCAGAAGUAGUCAUGGCACCUCCACUGGUGACAGCAAGGUGGCAGCCAAGGGCCCAGACGGAGUGGUUCUGUAUGAGCUCCACAGCAGACCAGAGCAGGAGAAAUUCAACGAGUCUGCUAAGAUGUCAGAGCUGGAGAAGCGUCUUGCAGAACUGGAGAUUGCUGUUGGCUCAGGAUCAGACAAACAGCAGGGCCCCUUGAGUGUUGGUGUACAAGGGGUCAGUUUAAUGGACACCAUGGAGCUCUUGCAGGCAAGGGUUAGUGCCCUGGACUCCACCACAUUGGAUCAGGUGGAAGCCAGACUGCAGAGUGUCCUCGGGAAAAUGAAUGAGAUUGCUAAGCACAAAGCAACCAUUGAGGAUGCUGACACACAGAAUAAGGUGUCACAACUUUAUGACACAGUGCAGAAGUGGGAUGCCAUGGCUACCUCCAUACCCCAGGUGGUGCAGAGGCUCAUAGCUGUCAAGGAGUUACAUGAGCAAGCCAUGCAGUUUGGCCAGCUGUUGACCCACCUGGACACGACUCAACAGAUGAUCAACAACUCUCUGAAGGACAAUAACACAUUGCUCACACAGGUUCAACAGACCAUGAAGGAGAACCUCAUGUCCAUAGAGGAAAACUUUUCUGCCCUGGAUCAGAGAAUGAAGAAGGUCUCCAAAUAAAUACAGACCACAUUUUGGAGCAGUUUAGGAAUGUGGAGAACAGGGAGGAAUAAGAGGGGGAUAGACCGUCUCUUACUCACUUCAGGCUAAUAUUUUUCUCCACUCCUCCAUCUCUACCAUUUCUUUGCUAAGCAAAAUAUUGUAAAGGUGGAAAGCGAAUAUCAAAUAGUGGUGAUUAAACACUCGUCUCCCUCCCAUCCAACCUUUCUCGCAUUGAAAUAUAUUGAUAUCAGCUGAAAAUGCUUUCUUCCACUCAAUACAUGCCACUGAUUGCAGUUCCCUGCUAAGCCUAUUACAUUUUAGAUCAGCUUGUUUUUGUAAUUAUAGAUAUUAAACAUUGGGGGGGGGGCAUGUCCAUUCCCUUAUCAAACCCAUCACACCGGUUUUGGUUAUGUACAAUAUGCUUUCGUCACCUGAAAUGAUUCACCGUACCGCAAGAUGGCUACUUGCCUUGUGAAAGAUCAACAACGCCAUCCUCUGUGCACAAAAAUCACGUUCGAUCGUCUUAGUGUUGUUGCAGGAGGCCAUGUGUGCUUUUGUCCGGGUCAGGUCACAGAAGGAAUGCUUGUAAAUAUGCCUGUGUACCUUUUAUCUUUAUGGUCAGUCACUUGUAAACUAUUAUGACUGAGACGAGUUGCCACAGAUGAGCUUUUAAUCUGCUGUGUCUUUGCCUACGAAUGGACUAUACUGUACAUCUGUGGUCAAGGAAACAAUAAAGUGCUAUAAGCUGGA